CUGGGCGCGAUUUGCGACAGUGGGGGGAGUGGUGGAGGUGGCGGCGGCAGUGGCAGCUUUGCGGCAAGCUCGGGACGAGCUUGCUUGACGGCGGUGUGGCGGAGGCCCCGCCCGAGGCGGCAGGAACCUGGAGGGAGGCGGAGGAAUAUGUCCGAGAGGGAAGUGUCCACAGCGCCGGCGGGAACAGACAUGCCUGCGGCCAAGAAGCAGAAGCUGAGCAGCGACGAGAACAGCAACCCAGACCUCUCUGGAGACGAGAAUGAUGAUGCUGUCAGUAUAGAAAGUGGGACAAACACCGAACGCCCUGAUACACCUACAAAUACUCCAAAUGCACCUGGAAGGAAAAGUUGGGGAAAGGGAAAAUGGAAAUCAAAGAAGUGCAAAUAUUCUUUUAAAUGUGUAAACAGUCUCAAGGAAGAUCAUAACCAACCAUUGUUUGGAGUACAGUUUAACUGGCACAGUAAAGAAGGAGAUCCGUUAGUAUUUGCAACUGUAGGAAGCAACAGAGUCACCUUAUAUGAAUGUCAUUCACAAGGAGAAAUCCGGUUAUUGCAAUCUUAUGUGGAUGCUGAUGCUGAUGAAAACUUUUAUACUUGUGCAUGGACCUAUGAUAGCAAUACAAGUCAUCCUUUGCUGGCUGUAGCUGGAUCUAGAGGGAUAAUAAGAAUAAUUAAUCCCAUAACAAUGCAGUGUAUAAAGCACUACGUUGGCCAUGGAAAUGCUAUCAAUGAAUUGAAAUUCCACCCUAGAGAUCCUAAUCUUCUACUAUCAGUAAGUAAAGAUCAUGCCUUACGAUUAUGGAAUAUCCAAACGGACACUCUGGUGGCAAUAUUUGGAGGUGUAGAAGGGCACAGAGAUGAAGUUCUAAGUGCUGAUUAUGAUCUUUUGGGUGAAAAAAUAAUGUCCUGUGGUAUGGAUCACUCUCUUAAGCUUUGGAGGAUCAAUUCAAAGAGAAUGAUGAAUGCAAUUAAAGAGUCUUAUGAUUAUAACCCAAAUAAAACUAACAGGCCAUUUAUUUCCCAGAAAAUCCAUUUUCCCGACUUUUCUACCAGAGACAUACAUAGGAAUUAUGUUGAUUGUGUGCGAUGGUUAGGCGAUUUGAUACUUUCGAAGUCUUGUGAAAAUGCCAUUGUGUGCUGGAAACCUGGCAAAAUGGAAGAUGAUAUAGAUAAAAUUAAACCUAGUGAGUCUAAUGUGACUAUUCUUGGGCGAUUUGAUUACAGCCAGUGUGACAUUUGGUACAUGAGGUUUUCUAUGGAUUUCUGGCAAAAGAUGCUUGCAUUGGGCAAUCAGGUUGGCAAACUUUAUGUUUGGGAUUUAGAAGUAGAAGAUCCUCAUAAAGCCAAAUGUACAACACUGACUCAUCAUAAAUGUGGUGCUGCUAUUCGGCAAACCAGUUUUAGCAGGGAUAGCAGCAUUCUUAUAGCUGUUUGUGAUGAUGCCAGUAUUUGGCGUUGGGAUCGACUUCGAUAAAAUAUUUUUUCCUAACCAAAAUUAGAGUGUGUUGUCUGUGUACAAUAGAAUUAAUGUAUCUUGCUAGUAAGGGCACAUAGAAAAUUUAGACUUGUUUUUCAGCGUUCAAUCAGGCUGAGCUUGAAUGUAGUGUUUACAUUGUUUACAUUCUUUGUAUUGUCUUCCUGCUCAGACUGUACUGCUUUCAAUAAAAAUUUAUUUUUGUAAA